AUGGCGCUCAGCGGGCUCCUCUGCCUGCCCCUCUGCCUGCCCCUCUGCCUCCUGCCCCUCUAUCUGCCGCGCCCGGCGGCGUCCCGGCCGCCCGCCCCACACCUGGUGUUGGUGCUGGCUGACGACCUGGGCUGGGGCGACGUGGGCUGGCACGGCUCUGCCAUCCGCACUCCGCGGCUGGACGCGCUGGGCGCGGGCGGCGUGCGCCUGGAGCGCUACUACACCCAGCCCCUCUGCACCCCGUCCCGCAGCCAGCUGCUCUCCGGCCGCUACCAGAUCCACACAGGUUUACAACACCAGAUAAUUUGGCCAUGCCAGCCCAGCUGUCUGCCACUGGAUGAGAAACUCCUCCCAGAGCUACUUCAAGAGGCGGGAUAUGUUACUCAUAUGGUGGGGAAGUGGCAUUUAGGGAUGUACAGGAAAGAGUGCCUUCCAACUCGCAGAGGAUUUGAUACUUACUUCGGCUAUCUUUUGGGCAGUGAGGAUUAUUAUACUCAUGACCGUUGUGUCCUCAUCAAAACAAAAAAUGUAACACGCUGUGCUCUGGACUUCCGAGAUGGAGAAGAAGUUGCAACUGGAUUUAAAAAUGUGUACUCCACAAAUUUAUUUACAGAAAGAGCAAUAGAUCUUAUAGCCAAUCAUAAAACUGAGAAGCCCCUCUUUCUCUACCUUGCCUUUCAGUCUGUCCAUGAACCUCUUGAGGUCCCUGAAGAAUAUGUGAAACCAUAUUCUUACAUAAAAGAUUUAAAGAGGCGCCAUUAUGCAGGGAUGGUGACACUUAUGGAUGAAGCUGUAGGAAAUCUUACCGAUGCUCUGAAAACAUAUGGUCUUUGGGACAACACAGUUCUUAUUUUCUCUACUGAUAACGGAGGACAGACUUUGGCAGGUGGGAAUAACUGGCCACUGAGAGGGAGAAAAUGGACCCUCUGGGAAGGAGGAGUGAGAGGAGUAGGCUUUGUUGCGAGUCCUUUGCUGAAACAAAAAGGUGUAGAAAGUCAUGAACUCAUCCAUAUCUCUGACUGGCUGCCAACACUGGUGCACCUUGCUGGAGGAAAUACCAAUGGCACUAAGCCCUUGGAUGGCUUUGAUGUUUGGAAAGCUAUCAGUGAAGGAAGACCUUCUCCCAGAGUGGAACUGCUGCACAACAUAGACCCCAUGUUUGUGGAUGACUUCCCAUGUCUUGGCAUUGACAACAGAACAUCUUUACCACAGAGCAAUUCUUCUCCAUGGGAUGAUACACUUUUCAAUAUAUCCAUGCAUGCAGCAAUACGACAUGGAAAAUGGAAGUUACUAACUGGAUAUCCAGGAUGUGGUCAUUGGUUUCCUCCACCAUCUUUGUUCAAUGAGUCAGAGAUUCAGUCAUCUGAUCCAUCAAUGAAGAGACUUUGGCUGUUUGAUAUUGUUGACGAUCCUGAAGAGAGAAAUGAUUUGUCUGAAAAAUAUCCUCAUGUGGUGGAAAAACUGCUCUCACGGCUUCAGUAUUACCAUAAACGUUCAGUGCCUGUGUUCUACCCUGAUGAGGAUCCCCGCUGUGAUCCAGCAGCAACCGCAGCUUGGGGUCCUUGGGCAUAGUGCAGCUUUGCAUCCUGCAAAAACAAACCCUAGUAGUGUCUGUAUAU